AUGGAGGUUGUUUGGGAGAAGUUUUCUCCUAGCACAAAGAAGCAAGCCGUCAAGACCGAUGGUAUCUGGAGCGUGGAGGAUCCUCAAUUCUCGGAGUGGGCAAAGUUGCUACAGUUCAAGGUAAAAACACGCAUUGUCGUCUCUACAAAGUCAGCACAAGCAUGGAACCAAUGGCUCGUUGCAAAUAAAGGAGCUACUGUGACUCUCAUGGUCUACGAGUACGGUAUGGUCAUUGCAACUGCUAAAGACCGAGAUGACUUUAUGAAGGCCCCACCGCCAAGCUACAUUUCAAACCUUCUCGAUCCAGCGGAGUCACGCUUUGAGGAGCAUUUAAAUGGAGUAGCGCUAUCUUCCAGUGUGGCGCUAGACUGUGUGAACGCCUCUAUCGGCGACUGUCAGCAGCUCCGUCGCUACCUUGAAUCUGCUGGACGUUACCUUGACGAUCAAGAACAGCGAUUGGUAGCACGUGAAGCUAUCAUUGAAGGCAUUAUUCGCAAUCUCGUGUCUCCGUCUCCAAGCACGAUCAUCGACCCGAUGCCCCUGAUUGAGGACAUCGAAGACACAGAGCAUGCCGAGUAA